AUGGGCAAAUCGUCAAAGGACAAGCGAGACGCCUACUAUCGUCUUGCCAAGGAGCAGGGCUGGCGAGCGAGAAGUGCGUUCAAGCUUUUACAGCUUGACGAAGAGUUCGACCUGUUUUCCAAUGUCACCAGAGUGGUAGAUCUCUGUGCCGCUCCCGGAAGCUGGUCUCAAGUCCUGUCUCGCGUUCUCAUCAAGGGCGAGAAGUUUGGUCGCACGGCGUGGCAGGAUCGUGAGGCAAAGCUUCGCGAGCAGAUGCUUGGCGUCUUCAGCACCGGCAACCUCGAGCCCAUCGCCCCUUCAGAGCCAGUAGAGCUGCCUCAGCCGAGAAAGGACGUAAAGAUUGUCUCCAUCGACCUCCAGCCCAUCAGCCCCCUGCCUGGCAUCAUCACCCUGCGGGCAGACAUUACGCAUCCUGCUACAGUGCCAUUACUGCUCAAGGCGCUUGACCCGGACUACGACCCGCAGAGCGGGAGCCAGCAAGCCGCCCAGCCUGUGGACCUCGUCAUCAGCGAUGGCGCCCCCGACGUGACUGGUCUCCACGAUCUCGACAUCUACGUCCAGUCACAACUGCUCUUCGCGGCGCUCAACUUGGCCCUAUGCGUGCUCAAGCCCGGCGGCAAGUUCGUGGCCAAGAUCUUUCGAGGAAAGAACGUCGACAUCCUGUACGCACAGCUCAAGAUCUUCUUCGAGCGCGUCCAUGUCGCCAAGCCGCGGUCAUCCCGCGCGAGUAGUGUGGAGGCUUUCAUCGUGUGUUUGAACUUCCAGCCUCCCAAGGGGUUUUCAGCCAGCCUGGAGGAGCCGUUGGGAGUAGGCUUCCGCCUCCCCCAGAUGACCAAAGACAACCAAGAAAGAAGUGCCAUCAGCGCCACGACAAUUCUUCAAAACCACACCACAGGGGCAUGGGAUAGCAGUCCCGCAGUUGUUGCCUCGCCAGAUAAUGAUGGCAUCACCGAGCUUCAAGCAGAGGAUUACCGGCCGUUGGAUCGCCUGGCUGAUGUCCGGUGGAUUGCCCCGUUCAUUGCGUGUGGUGACCUCUCGGCCUUUGACUCGGACGCUUCCUAUCGCCUUCCCGCCGAUCAUGUGUCGCUGGACCCCAUCCAGCCUCCAACAGCUCCCCCUUACAAGCGUGCGCUGGAAAUGCGCAAGGCAGCUGGUGGCGCUUAUGGCAAGACCAAUAUCGGCAAGACAACAACGAAAGCAGACAGGGUCAUGCCUUGA